AUGGGCAGGUUUAUCAAGCACUGGCAGCUGUUUAGGCUGUUUUUAAAAACGAACAAACUUCAGUUGAUCAAAACGUAUAUCUUAGUCCCGGUUGGCGGUACAUUAACUCUAUGUAUACUAUAUGGCGUCGAUAGAUUUAUUAGGAAUGUGAUCAAGGUCACCUUUCCGGCAAGUGUUGCGGUGAUGCUGAUAAACUUUGGGUUUAUGUGCUCCCUGAGCGCCUGGCGCAGACCAUACGCUGAUAUUUACGUCAAGGUUAUUGACAUUCCACUGAGCUGGAGUCUCAGAUGGAUGAACCUCUUUUUCACGCCGGCUUUCGUGGUGCUACCGUUGAGCCCGUGGAUUUCAUGGCAGGAAGCUUUGCUGAUCGUCGCGGUUUUCGUCAUCGGAUAUGUCGUGUCGUUCGUCAUUCUGGCAUAUAUCACCAUUGUCGGCCAGAAGCUGUUUGGAAGUAGGAAAUUCAUCAGCAUAUUUGUGAGACAGGAGGAGAUUGAUAAUGGAAUGGAAGCGGGUUCAAGUUUUACCCCGGCCGCAAGAAUGCACCGAAAAUCAUCGAGCACCGCGAGCAUGAUUAGUCCUACUGAGCCUGGCAUUCCUAAUAAAAGUGAGGUAAGCUAUGAGUCUGAUGCAGGUUUAUCAGAUAUCGCAAGUAACAGCGGGUAUGUGGCUAAAAAGCCCGUCAGAGGCGGAAACCCGCUCAAUUCGCCUGAAAGCGACAUACUCAUGUCGCCAAUUGAUUCAACAGGCGCAAUUGAUUUAGCACAUCGUCGACAGGACGACAGCGAAACGACAGGUCCAACUAAAAGAGGUCACAUACAAACUCCCGAGCCCACUUAUUUCAAUAGGAGCAGCACUAACACAAUUAUUGCAAUGCGCGAGAAUGACCCCGCAGUUUGUAAACGUGCUGUGACAAAGCAGGAGUCGGAAAACCUGUCCCUGGAAUUUGAUAAAGUGUACGCCGUUAACAUGUGGCAGUGUCACUUGCAUCACAUACUCUAUGGUCUUGGGUUUAUUGCCAGCGUAUUCAGCUACUAUUUCAGCUGGUAUGCGAUGCCCUUCCAGUUUUUCACUGCAGUGACAACCUUUAUGUUUGUGGUUGACAAUCCGUUCGUUAAGAACCCAAAAUACAAAAAGUUACUUCAUCCUGUAAUAUGCUCCGUGGCACUGACAUGGAUCGUGUUACUUGUGUCGGUCAUGAUCAAGCACCGAGCCAUCAACUAUUAUCUAAGCGAUUUGAGAAGCUACAAAACUGGUCGGACGUACUUGAAGCUCUUCAACAAUGCCGCAUUCGCGCACCAUGUAUGGCCGGGCGCGGGUGACGUUUUCAGCACCUGCAUGGAUAUUUCGAUUGUUGGGCUGUCACUGCCCAUGUACACCCACCGCUACGACUUGCGACGCCAUUUUCUGAGCAUGAUUCCGCCGAUUCUGUUACUUUGCGCGGGAUCGCUGACGCUGUACCCGUUGAUCUGCUACCACAUAGGCAUUGCCAGCGACAUGUCAAUUGGAUUUAUUGGACGCAGCAUCACUUUGGCGCUGGGAACACCGACCAUUCAAAAUCUGAACGGCUCUGUAACGCUCAUGGCCGUUACAACCGUUGUCAGUGGUAUAAUGGGCGUUUUGACCGGCGGGCUAUUGUUAGACUUGUUGCGAGUCCCUGAAGACGACUACGUGACGCGUGGGCUUACCCUCGGGUGCAAUUGCGGUGCAAUUGCCACCGCGUAUCUUUUGGGAGUUGACAGACGUGCUGCGGCCAUCAGUACGCUCUCAUUCUCGCUAUUUGGGGCCUUCAUGGUCGUCUUGAGUGCUGUGAGCAAGAUCAAGGAUUUUGUGCAAACACUGGUGGGCAACUAG